GAAGUGUCCCGCCAAUGUUGUCAUAGUUACAAAGGGAGAUGAUGGCAGUCGUUUCACUGCGCGGAAGCCAAUUUUCGUAAUAUUUUCCUCUAUUUUUAUUUCUAUGCUCUAUUAACGUAAUCAGUUUAAUUGUUGUGUUGUGGCAGAUAACAAAAAGCAACAAAAAAAUGACUCUUCAAGGUGCUACAUUACAAACAUACAACAAUGAACUUGUCAAAUGUAUUGAAGAGCUUUGUAACAAAAGGGACAUCUUAAAACGACAGAUAGAACAGGAGGCAGAAGAGAAAGCGAAACUUCAGAGUGAUAUCCACAUUCUUACAGAGAGGUUGUCAAAAGUAAAUGAAAGUCUGAGCAGAAAACUUUCAGUCCAAAAUGAAUUUGAUCGGACAAUUUGUGAAACAGAAACCGCAUACAAGAAGAUUUUAGAAAGUUCUGAAACCCUUCUGAAUGUCUUGAAGCGAGAAUCUCAACGAGUACUGGGAGAGAAUAACAACGACUUAAUAUGACAGCAGUAUCAUUUCAACAUGGUGCUAUACACAACGCCAUUCUGCUCCUCCUUAUAUUCUAGUACCUGGUCUGUGGAAGUUGGCAAGAAUUUAGGAAUCCCAGUUACUGCAUCAUCAUCAACAUUAUCAUUCCUUUGGAAAUAUCAGCAGCACAAACAUGUAAAAUGUACUUGUAUACACAUAGACACACACACACACACACCCACUCACAAAUUAUUUUUUUCUAUUUGACUUUUCUUUGGUACCUGUUGACUUCCAACCACUAAUAAUUCCUGGGAGAUAAGCGUGGUGAAAGUGAGCAGAGAAAGCUUAACAAGAUGUCUUACAGUAUCUUGUUUGACAUCUAAGUUUUGUGUUGGAAUCUGACUUGCUUUGAUUUUUGUCUUUCAUCUCUUUAUGUGUUUCUCAAAAUAAACGACACUAACCAACCUUUUUGGAUUAUUAAGUAAAUCUAUCAAGUUUUCUGUCUAUAAAAUAGUUAUUUACUUUAGCACUACUGUGCCAGGGUCUUCAGUUACAAUCCUCUACCGAAGUCAACUUAUAAGUCUUUCAUGUUGAUUA